CAAACUCGGUUGAUAGUUCGAGCAUACGAUCGCUCUGAGCUCGAUAUGUAAAAAGUUAAAAUUAAUAGGAACGAUAAAACGACGAAUUGACAUAUUUAAAAUGGAUAAUGUAACUAGUACAGAAACAACAAUGGAGAAGAUUCUAACUACAGCUGGCUAUGGUGGAACCUGUUCUACAUGCAUCUUAAUAACUGUCGCAAUUAUUAUCCGAUUAAGAAAUAAUGUUCUUCCAAAGACUCUAUCAGAUUCACUUAUUCUACAUUGGGUGGCUACUCUAAUUAUAUCAGUUGGGUUAAUAAUAUACAAGUUACAUAUUUCGAAAAUAGCAGCCUAUCUCCUUAUAUUCGGAAUAAUUUUAAAGCCUCUCCUUUCAACAACAACUCAUUGUAUUCUACUGCAAAACAUUUACUCAGAAAAUCCGUCAAUAAUCUUUAAAAGUAGCACGAAUACCUCUUGGAUUAUAUGGUUUACUAUAACGGCUACGGAGAUUGUUAUAAGCGUAAUAAUAUGUGUAUUACCAUUUAGUGGGAUAAUCUACUUCGAAUCCGAUAGCGAAUAUCGUUUAGAAUCUAUACCUAUAAGAUUUAAACCUGAAAAGUCAUGGGCUUUUUCGGCAAUGUUAAUAGUAAUAACAACAAUUUUUGCGGUUUUGAACGUAAUUUUAAAUCUCAUUUCCGUUGUUCGCUCAGUCUUUGUUUAUUUUUCGGAUAAUGGUAAAACUGGGAAUGGGAAAAGAAAAUUCUUAGUCCUAAUAAUUACCUGGACAGUUAUUCUUUUUGAGAACGUUUUAAACUUUAUAUAUUUUACUGCUCUAAAUUUAUUCUAUUUUUCAAAUGGACAAACCUUGGACGAAUCGGAGAUAUUUAACGUAUCAAGUGUUAUCUCUCUUAUUGUCUUGUUUAUUUGUCCUCUUUUAAUUAUUAUUUUGUUCGCUAUCUUAAUAUCGUUUAAAGAGAAAAAAAUGGACGAUGGUGAAAUGAUUAAAUACGAAAGUCUUAUACCUGAAGAAUUAUUAUCUGUCGCUAGAAUACCAGAGAAGCAAAAUUCGAAGAGGACCGACUCUCUGGCGCCGUCCAAAGGGAUUUGUCAUUAUAAAAUUACGUAUCCGCAUGAUUCAUCAAUAAGGACUGCUCAUUUGAAACUAUUCAAUCCUCAAUUACAAAAUGAGUGGAGGCAAGAAGUAAAUGCAAUUUCAAAAUUAAAUAAUAAAGAUUCAAGAAUAGUUCAAUAUUAUUGGACCAAUUAUCGGAACCCAUUUUCAAAGAUCAUUCACGAAGCUACUGGUGAUCAAACAGACUUUAAAUGUAGUUUAAUAUGCCAUGAAUUCUUUCCGAUGGGAACGGUUACCGAUUACCUCGACAAAUUUCCGAUGAUGGACGAGGCCAUACAUGAACUGGUAAUGGAAACAACAAAGGCUGUUGAAUGUCUUCACUCAAACGAUAUUGUGCAUAACAAUUUGACCUUGUCAUCGAUGUUUGUGCGCAAGAAGGGCAAGGGUCUAACAAUUGUACUGGGUAAUUUGGAAAACAGCGGAGAAGCUUUGGCGGAGAGACGACAGGAUGCCUUCCGAUCGGACUUACGGGCGUUUAGCAAUAUCGUAUUAGAGUUAUUAUCCCGUAUUAAAAGUGACAGUAAAGAGACGGUUUUAAAGCCCGCCCAGCCGUCGCCAAGCGCCAUAUGGACGAUACCUGAGAGGCGGAAAGUUUUUAUGGGGACAACGGAUCUAUGCUCAAGAAUGUAUGAUAAACGAGAUCUUCCACCAUUAUUCGAAAAUGAAGAGGACAGUACAACAAAGGUUGCUGGGAAGUCGGAUGAAAGGAAGGUCAAAACGCCUUCAUUAAAAAAUCAUGUUACGUAUCCGGAUAGCGUUCAUAGUAACGACGUCGAUAGCGGUCUGGGGGGUAGCGUUCAUUGCCCAAAUUUGGAGGAGUACAAAACGAAAGCGAAUAUAGAAACACCCGGUUGCCGGCACACUAUGUAUGAUUUUGCAGAAAGUGAUUGCUAUUCUAUAUUGGGAGCAUAUAUUCAACGAUACAAGACUUUAAGCAGUGAAACACCGGAUUUCACAAGUCUGCCUGAAUCCGAUGUCGACGAGCUGCAGCUCAAGGACGAAUCAGGACAAACGUUAAAGAUAAACGGAGUCGAUUUACAAACAGCCAGGGUAUAA